UGCCAGUCCGUCCAAGCAGUCGCUUACAUCUCAGAUCCGCCGCCACCGCGCAGCGAGCACAGAAAGACGCGUCUGCCAAGUCCUGACCACUCCACUUGGUGACGUGCAGCGCGGACCAGAGACAGGCCACUAACCGACCAGCACACAGCCGCUACCAGUGCACAGUGCUCUUCCUUUUGCAGUAAAAUGCAACAGCAGUCUUUGAGGGAUAAAGACAGCAUUCAUAGAUAAGCAGCGUCGUAGCGAAACAAGGACAAACGCCGGGGGACAGGAGCAGCGAGCGGCCGGGUGUAGACGGCAAUACUCAAAAGAUCUAAUUUGUCUGUGAUGAGCAUCCACAUCCACCAGAGACCAAAGGUACGGCCUGCCCCCGUUGUUCCCUCUGAGAGGAAGAGGAAGUGAUGUCACGCCACCACCACCGCUUUGAGAGGGACUACCGGGGACCCUGGGAGCGGAGAGACAUCCGUCCUUCUGGCCUCCACAAUGGAGGAGCCAAUCAUAGCUGUGCCUCUGCUGUUGUCAAUGGCAACAACCGUCCGGGACUCCUUCCCCUCCCAGUCAUCCCCUCCCUCCUACCCACACCAGUUACAGUUGCCGUGACAACAUCCAGCAGCGACAUAGCGGUCAAGCGAGGCAUCACGGCAGCAGGAUCGGUGGCUCCAGCAUCGGCCAAGGUCUCUGGUCUGUCACCUGGAGACAGCCAGACCCCAGGACUGCUGCUGGCUCCAGGGGUGAGGUGGGGACAGACGCCCAUCAACCAGCUCACACCAUGGGAUACAGAUGAGCCCCCUGCCAAGCAACACCGAGACAGCGAGCCCACCGGUCCGACCUGGGCUGCCCCGGUAGCAGCGGUGAGCCAGCCGAGCCUCCUGCCCCACACCUACGCCCUCCCUCAGCCACCUUCCUUCAACCACAGCGUGACUGCACAGUCACCCAUCAUAGGAGUAACCCCAUCCAUCCAGACACCAGUGCCCCCACAACACCCACUCAUGACCGCCCACUUCCAGCUUACGCCGCAGUCGACCCAGCAACCACCCUCCAUGGUGCUGAGUAUGCCCAGCCAGUCUCCGUACUCCUCAGCUCAGCCCAAUGUCGCACCAUCCGCCCUCACUGCCCAAGCCAACCAGGUGGUUCAGCAGAGCCCUCAUAGUGUCAUGGGCAACGGCCAUUUAACUUCUCACCCCGGCCUCAUCCAGCCCCCUGCAAUGCCUCUGACUAAUGGACAGGCGGCAGGAGCAGCGCAGUGUCAGGCCACAGCCGUAGACAAUCAGGAUGGUCCUAAUGGGCUGCAAAUGCUGCGGACAGUCGGGAUGGGAAAGUACGAGUUCAGUGACCCGGGACAUCCGAAAGAGAUGUUGAAGGAGUUGAACCAACAGCGCAGAGCGAAAGAGUUUACAGACCUGAAAAUUAUUGUUGAAGGCAAAGAGUUUGAAGUCCACCAAAAUGUUCUAGCUUCCUGCAGCUUGUAUUUCAAGGACCUGGUGAAAAGGUCAUUGGGUGAGACGAGGAGCGGGGAGAUGCUGGAGCUGAACAUGAGCACAAUCGGCGCUGACGUGCUGGAGCUGCUGCUCGAGUUUGUCUACACGGGGUCGCUGGUCAUCGAUUCGGCCAACGCCAAGACGCUGCUGGAGGCCGCCAACAAGUUCCAGUUCAACACCUUCUGUAAAGUCUGUGUCUCCUUCCUAGAGAAACAGUUGACUGCAGCUAACUGUCUGGGAGUGCUGGCUAUGGCUGAAGCUAUGAGUUGCACGGAGCUCCACAACAUGGCCAAAGCUUUUGCACUGCAGAACUUCCCUGAGGUGGCAGGUCAGGAGGAGAUUCUGAGUGUUUCCAAGGAGGACCUGGUGGCGUAUCUGUCCAACGACAGUCUAAACACAAAGGCGGAGGAGCUAGUCUACGAGACGGUCAUCAAAUGGAUCAAACAAGACCCCAACUCCAGAGUGCAGCAUUUGUCAGAACUGUUGGCAGUGGUGCGUCUUCCCUUCAUCCACCCGUCCUACCUACUGAACGUGGUGGAUAACGAGGAGCUGAUCAAAUCGUCGGAGGCGUGUCGUGAUCUGGUCAACGAAGCCAAGCGUUACCACAUGCUGCCGCACGCGCGGCAAGAGAUGCAGACACCCAGGACCCGGCCAAGACUUUCUGCUGGUGUAGCCGAGGUGAUAGUUUUGGUGGGAGGACGCCAGGCGAUCGGGAUGAACCAGCGUUCCCUGACAGCAGUCACCUGUUUUAACCCCCAGAACAGUAAGUGGUACCCGCUGGCCAGCCUGCCCUUCUACGACCGCGAGUUCUUCAGUGUCAUCUCAGCGGGCGACAACAUCUACCUGUCAGGUGGUACAGAGUCAGGUGUGAUGGUGGCUGAUGUAUGGUGCUACAUGUCCCUGCUGGACAACUGGAAUCUGGUGUCCCGGAUGACUGUGGCUCGCUGCAGACACAACAGCCUGGUGUACGAUGGCAAACUCUACAACAUUGGAGGACUGGGUGUAUCAGGGAACCUGGACCAUGUGGAGAGGUAUGACACCAUCACCAACCAGUGGGAAACAGUGUCUCCUCUGCCCAAGCCGGUCCAUUCUGCAGCAGCCACAGUGUGCGGAGGUAAGGUCUACGUGUUCGGAGGUGUGAAUGAGGCCGGGCGCUCGGCAGGUGUCCUCCAGUCCUACGUACCACAGAGCAACACCUGGAGUUUUAUUGAAUCGCCCAUGAUAGAUAACAAAUACGCCCCUGCAGUGAGUCUAAACGGCUUUAUAUUCAUCCUGGGAGGAGCCUACGCUCGAGCCACCACUAUCUAUGACCCAGACAAAGGCAAUAUCAAGGCUGGUCCCAACAUGAAUCACUCUCGGCAGUUCUGCAGUGCUGUGAUCCUGGACGGGAAGAUCUAUGCCACAGGAGGUAUCGUGAGCAGCGAGGGUCCGGCCCUUGGCAACAUGGAAACCUUCGACCCUUGCACCAACACUUGGGCACUACUGCAGUCACUGCCCUGCCCGCUCUUCAGACACGGUUGCGUGGUCAUCAAAAAGUACAUCCAGAGCGGCUGAGGGCGGCUCAUAGCCGAUCACACUGGGUCGACGCCAAACACCAGCUGAGCUCCGGUUGUGGGACAAUGUGCGACGGCAGCUUCGGGCCGGGCCGGUCGGUCGGUCAGUCAGACCUCUGGACUUGACGCCAGCAUCCAUACAUCCUGUUACCCGUCCCACCCCCAAAAGCCCUGUGCAGAAUGUACUCAUGUUCAACUACUCAGCCAUGUCAGGUGGCCAUGCCUAACAUCCAGUACUGUAUGUGUCAUGGUAGUAGUUCAUCCUCUCAUCCACCAGGCACAGGGACCCUCUUAGUAAUUUACAGCUCCUUAAUUUUUAACGAAGUUGUAAUUUUUUUUUUCUCAGUUCUGUCUUUUCCAGAUCUCUGUAAACUCACCACCUCCCUGUUACUUUAACACACUGUGACUCAGCGCAGUGAAAGCCAUCGCAGGUCCAGAUUCUUGUCCCUUUUUUGAGCAAAUAGUCUUUGACAGGUGUAGGCUUCAUAGUCAUUCAUUAGAGAGCAGAGUUUCUUUGUGGUGUAUGAACAUUUUUCAGUAGUGACAUCUACAGGACAGGAGGAAACGUGAGGGGAAGGACUCAGACUGUUUUCCUCUUCAUCAGUGGAUUUGACAAGUUUCAUCUCUCUCCACUGUGCCAUGAGGUGAAAUUCCUACAGUGAGUGUGGAUUUAUGAGGUAAUUUCAAAAACAGAUUCGAACUCUGUGUAACCCUGUUUUUUUAAUGACUUGCUAAACAUAGGAAAAACCAUAGUAUAUGGGUCAGGUAAAAUGAAAAUUUUUAUUUUUCCUUUGUUCUUUGAAAUUCCAGCCUGAUUGAGAUAUCAUCUGGAGGGUGAGUGUCCUGUUUUUUCCCCUUGAUUUAUGCUCUCAAGCUCUCUGGGAAAAAGAAAGCGGUGGAUUUAAAGAGAGGGAGAGGGAAUUCCUCCCUUCCGCUGAUGUCUGAGCAGAUGUUCAAGUUGGGGCAGUUCCUCCGGAUAAAAGCACAAUGAUCACCUGUGACUGUUAUCAUAGAAGUUAUCUGUUGAUCCAUGUUUUCCUCUGUCUUUCACCAGUUUCUCCCCCCACCUCCUAUUUGUUUUGUAAAAUGUGUUUCAUUGCAACCCACAAAAGAUGUUGGGUUGGUAUUCUGUAAAUACAGGAAGGAAAUAUGUAUAUUUUAAAACCUGAAGGCAAUUCUGUAUAAAUGUUUUUAGAAAAAAAACUGAUAGGUUGGAUUCAAAUGGUAUGUCUGUAAAUCUGUACCCAAAAAGAAGAAAUUAACAGUUGUUAUUAUUGAAACCUAAUACAUAUACCAGAACAAUGAA